AUGUCUACCAUCAGUGCCGUUGCAACACCAGUUGAAAGUAACGAAGCUUUGCAACCACAAGUCAAAAGACAAAAAUAUAACGAAGAAGAUGUAAAAGAAGAAAAUUUAAAUGGAAAUGGUGUUAAAAAAGAAAAUGUAACUGAAAACGAUACCAAAGAAGAGAAUUCAAUUGAAAGUAGUACCACUGAGGAAAGUUCAACUGAAAACAGUAUCAAAGAAGAAAAUGCAACCGAAAAUAGUACCAAUGAAGAAAAUGCAACUGAACAACUUGCAGAAGAAGAGGAACAAGAUAGACAGUAUUAUAAAAACUAUUUGAACAUUCAUCCCUAUUUUGUAUAUGAUUUACGAACCUAUUUUGAGGGCUGCAAACUUGAGGACAAAGACGGCUUUCCAUAUUGGAAUAAAAAAUUCUUGAAUUACGUUAGUAUUGGUCCUCGAGGAUUGAAAGAAUAUCUUUCUGACACCUUGCCCGAGCUGAUUCCAGACGAGGAUUUUACCAAAAAAUCUGAAAAGAUUCAUUGUUUUUAA